AUGCACCCACCCCGUCCUUUGAUGUUACUAUACAAACAGAUAACAAGCACAAUGCUGUCACUACGUCAAUCUAUAAGAUUAUUUAAACCAGCCGCAAGAACUUUGUGUAGCUCCAGAUUUCUGCUUCAGCAAAAACCUGUAGUGAAAAUUGCCCAAAACUUGGCAGAAGUCAAUGGUCCAGAAACUUUGAUUGGUCCUGGUGCCAAAGAGGGUACCGUUCCAACAGACCUAGACCAAGAAACUGGUUUAGCGAGAUUGGAACUAUUGGGUAAACUAGAAGGUAUCGAUGUUUUUGACACCAAACCAUUAGAUUCGUCCAGAAAGGGUACCAUGAAAGAUCCGAUCAUCAUUGAGUCUUAUGAUGAUUAUCGUUAUGUCGGUUGUACGGGUUCUCCCGCUGGUUCACAUACUAUUAUGUGGUUAAAACCUACUGUUAACGAAGUCGCCAGAUGCUGGGAAUGUGGUUCUGUUUACAAACUAAACCCUGUUGGUGUUCCAAGUGAUGACCACCAUCACUAA